ACACCGUAUACUGUGUCGCGUACCCCCAUUCGGUAUGCCAUCCGCAACUGCAUCCAUCAGUGCUCGCCCAAAUGCUACAAUGCCGCUCAACUGGAGGCGAUGCCCCAGUGUCCGCCUCGCAUACCGGCGCCAUGCCCGGGCUGCAUCACGGUCCAGCAGCCGCCACGAAUGAUCUGCAAGAAGCAAGUUGUGUUCACCGAGAAGAUUGUGCCCGAACCAAUGGUGGUGAAUCGAUGUCGCCAGAUAACCAUACCCAAGGUGGUGGAUGUUACGCGGGUCAUCCAGGUGCCGAAGCUCGUGUGGGUGUCGCAGAUGGUGCGCGAGCCGCGUGUCAUCUACUAUCCUUCGAUGGUACCCGAUCCGUAUGUGGUGUGCUAUCCGAAGCGGAUCUGUGAGCCGCGCGAAGUUUGCCAGUCGAUGCUCUGCCAGCCGAAGCCGCAGAUGAUAGAUGUACCGCCGCCGCAAGAGUUCUGCUGCUAUCCCAAUGGACCGCUUAACUAUGUACCGCAGCCACCAUGCCCGUGUGCACCCUGUGGACCGUGUGCACCCUGUGGGCCAUGCGGCCCAUGUGGACUGCCACCUGGCGGGCGCUGCUAGUAUUAACAGUGUGGAUUCCCCUACCCAUAGUCCAGACCGAAACCCAAACCCAACCCAAACUCCGACGAUCAAGACAAUUGCAGCUACAUCCGCAUCCUCGCGCCUGGUACUCACUGGCAUCU